UCAAAAAUAAGUUAAAGCGAGCCGGCUCAAGGAGUCCUUUUCGCAGCAGCACUGUCAAUCGUAGACGUUCACUCGGACUCUCGGGCGUCAAGUACAACAAAUCCGAAAAACCUGCAAAGCCCAGUCAUCACUUUUUCUCUCUGACUACAUCAGAAGAUGGAGAAUCAGCGAGGCUUUCAUUCGCGAGCCAGGGAUGCGGGUGGGCACAGACAGGGCCCGGGCAAUGGUCCCAGCCAGCACGCUGCCACCCUCAAUGGGGACGAUCUCCAUGGUGGCCGGAGAAGGAGACCUCACCGCUCCUCCCGCUCGGAGGGCCAGGGGCCUGACGAGGGAGGCCUCUAUCCGGAGGCCUUCGGUCCUUUGCAUGGCGCCCGGGGGGAGAUCGUGUGGUUCAACAGCAGCAUGUACGAGCAAGCCGAGGGAUACUUCCAAAGCACGCUGGAUUCGUCAGGCGCGCCGCCGCCGCCAUCCUCCUCGACGGGCGAGAGGGUCCACCGUUCGCUGGUGUUCAGAGCUAAGCGGAAGGCCACCCAGCAGAACCACGCGCAGGGGGGCCAUGAGCUCCGCGCUCACCAGCGCUCGUCCUCCGAGCCACAGAGGGGCCGGCAGGGACCCAGGGGAGGCAGGAAGAGGGUGUUCUCAGAGACCGAACGCGCCCCUCAGAGAGCCAGGGACAACAUCAGCAUGAGUGGACUCCAGGCUCUGGCCCACGACAAGGUGUGGUUCGACAAAUCCAAAUAUGAUGAGGCAGAGCGACGCUUCUUUGAGGUCCAGAGCGGCGUCCCGCAGGAGACAGAUGCUAGUGCCAUCCUGCAGGACAUUGCUAAAGCCCGCCAGACUGUCCAGCAGUCCCUAGCCGGAGUGAAGGCCGCCCUGCAGCCGGGUAAAGGGCACCCCCGUGCCCAGAAGCCCCGUGAGCGCAGGACCAGUCAAAAUGCCAACAAAUCAGAAGACCAGAGUGAACUCAUCUCACGCUUGAAGAACCUGGAACAGGACAACAAGAACCUGCACAAAGUGGUGGAUGACUUGAGGGCCAUGCUGUCCAAACUGGAGUCCAGAAUGACUCUACUGGAGAAGACUCAGAGUCGGCCUCCCAAACCAGCUCCGGCACCCCAGACCGCUCCCGCUUCAAACCCCAAAGUGGCGGUGAAAGAAGAGGAAGAGGAGGAGGACGAUGACGUUGACCUGUUCGCCAGUGACGAGGAAGACGAAGAGGCAGAGCGCAUCAAGGCCCAGAGAGUGCAGGAGUACACGGCACGGAAGGCCACGAAGCCCGCGCUCAUCGCCAAGUCCUCCAUUCUGCUCGACGUCAAGCCUUGGGACGAUGAGACAGACAUGGCCAAGCUGGAGGAGUGUGUGCGCUCGGUGCAAAUGGAUGGGCUGUUGUGGGGAGCCUCCAAGCUCGUCCCCGUUGGCUACGGCAUCAAGAAGCUACAGAUCAGCUGUGUGGUAGAAGAUGACAAGGUUGGAACGGACAUACUCGAGGAAGAGAUCACCAAGUUCGAGGACUAUGUCCAGAGUGUUGACGUUGCUGCCUUCAAUAAGAUUUGAGCUCAUCCUCUACAAUCACUACACCACCUCAUUUAGUUACUGCUGCUUUUGUAUCGCACAGUUAUGAAUAAACAAAUUAAUCUUUAUGGACAAA